AUGUCUAACAACGAGAGAACUUUUAUCGCUAUCAAGCCAGACGGUGUCCAAAGAGGAUUGGUUUCCUCCAUCCUCUCUAGAUUCGAGAACAGAGGCUUCAAGUUGGUCGGCAUCAAGUUGUGCCAGCCAACCGAGGCUUUGUUGAGAAACCACUACGACGACUUGCAGGAGAAGCCAUUCUUCCCAUCUUUGUUGUCUUACAUGUUGUCUGGUCCAGUUUUGGCCACUGUCUGGGAGGGUAAGGACGUUGUCAAGCAGGGUAGAGCCAUUUUGGGUGCCACCAACCCAUUGCAAUCCGCCCCAGGUACCAUCAGAGGUGACUUCGCCAUCGACAUGGGCAGAAACGUUUGCCACGGUUCUGACUCCGUUGAGUCCGCCAACAAGGAGAUUGGUUUGUGGUUCAAGAACGAGGAGUUGGUUGACUACAAGCCAGCUUUGCUCUCUUGGAUCUACGAGUAAGCGGUCGUCUGGGCACUGCGUGUAUUGAUCUUUCAGUUUCAGUGACGGGAGCUUCAGUAUAUAUUCGUCAAUACAAUUCCAUUAGAACUUGCAAUUCAUUAGAACUUGCAAUGAUCGUAGGAGAUAUUUUGCACACGUUUAUCGCUUCGAUAUUGUAGCGCAAGCAGACCUUGGCACCCCAGGGUCUUCAAUAGAAUGGACGUGCGUUUUGUGCAGAAGACCGUAUUCGAAUGUUCCCCCAACUGCCAGUACGUCAAACAACUCGGCCGUAAACAUGACGGGAUGGCCUGGCGGAUAAAGUUUCAACCCCUCG